AUGCAAAAUGCCGUGCUGGCGUGCCCCGCGCCGUCCGGCGGAGGUGCGGGCGGAGACGACAGGGUCAGGGGCGGGGGCGCGGGCGUCGUGAUGGUGAAGCGAGCGGCCCUGGAGGCGUGCCUGACCUGCCCGCUCUGCUGCCGCCUACUCCGCGACGCCGCCACCAUCACCGAGUGCCUCCACACCUUUUGCAGAAAGUGCAUAUCUAAGGAGUUCAUCGAUAAGGAGAUCUGCUACUGCCCUACACGCAACAUUGAUUUAGGCUCUGCUCCAGAGGAGAAACUCAGAGUUGAUCACAGCCUACAAUAUGUGAGGUCAAAGAUAUUUCCUUCUAAAAGACGGAAGGUUGUGGACCAAGAAGCCAUAUCACCGGUCGAAUCACCUGUCAAGAGAAAAGAACGAUCUCUAUCUUCACUGACAGUCCAUGGUCCUCGGGUGUCUAUACAGGAAUGCCUCACAAAGAGGAAAACAAAAGCUUCGUGCUUACGCAGCUUGUCUUUGUUAUGUUGCUUUUGUUUUGAUUUUGUAGGAUGA